AUGAAAGCCGCACUUUUUGACUUCGAUGGCACAAUAGUGUUUUCAGAAAAUCUUUGGAUGGCGACCUUUGACCAAUUUGAAAUUGACUAUUCUCUACCUCUCACUCCACAUGAAGUCCGCCUUCAGCAAAUGACUCGAAGUGUGUUGUCGUUGGCCAAAGAAUAUUAUUCUCUCUAUCCUUCUUUAGGUUCGACCUUCUCGUCUGCGGAAGCGCUCGCAAAAUACUUUAAUGACAAAACUGAAACCACAAUUUAUUCAACAGAGCCGAUAAAGGGGGUGGACCGCUUUAUCCAGCUUUUAAACGAGAGGGGUGUUCCAGUGGUCAUUGCGUCUUCUGGACGCAAGGAGCACAUUAGCGCUUAUUUGAGCAAGUGGGAUAUACAAGUGAAAGACAUUGUAACAGGCGAUGAUGUCGAACAUCCCAAACCAGCACCUGAUGUUUAUUUUGAGGCUUUGAGAAGGGCUGGACCUGGACUAAAGCCACAAGACGCAGUGGUCUUUGAGGAUAACCCGAACCCCGCUUAUAGUGCAUACAAAAGUGGUUUCAGUAUUUGUGCUGUUAAUUACAACAACCGCUCCAUCUUUUCAGAGGAUUUCCCCCCUCUUAAGUGUUCUCUUUCUGAUUUUGACAAUUCAGGUGAGUUGUUUUGCAAUCUUUAUGAAUCUUGCUAA